AUGGGUGAAGAGCUAACACCUACUUUGGUUGUGAGAGACUUCGACCCUAAUAGAGACAGAGAAAGAGUAGAAGCUGUUGAAAGGAUAUGUGAGGUUGGACCCAGUGACAAGCUUUCUCUCUUCACCGACAUGCUGGGUGACCCAAUCUGCAGGGUUCGCAAUUCGCCUGCUUUUCUAAUGCUGGUGGCUGAGAUUGGCGAGGAGAUAGUAGGAAUGAUAAGAGGAUGCAUAAAAACAGUGACAUGCGGGAAAAGAGUAUCCAGGAAAGGGAAACAAGACGACAGUAAUGCCAAACACGUUCCAGUGUACACUAGAGUAGCGUACAUAUUAGGCCUUCGCGUUUCACCCAAUCAACGGAGAAUGGGAAUAGGGUUGAAACUGGUGCAUAGAAUGGAGGCGUGGUUCAGGGAUAACGGCGGGGAGUACUCCUACAUGGCAACGGAAAACGACAAUUUAGCUUCCGUUAAACUCUUCACCGACAAAUGCGGGUAUUCAAAGUUCCGUACCCCGUCCAUCCUUGUCAACCCCGUUUUCGCCCACAGAGCCAGGGUGUCCCCAAAAGUCACAAUCAUAAGUCUUUCCCCUUCCGACGCGGAGGUUCUUUACCGUCGUCGGUUCGCCACGACGGAGUUCUUCCCGCGCGACAUUGACUCCGUUCUGAAGAACAAGCUGAGUCUGGGGACUUUCCUGGCGGUCCCGCGAGGGUCAUACAGGGCCGAGACAUGGCCCGGGCCAGAUCUUUUCCUGUCGGACCCACCAAAGUCCUGGGCCUUGGUGAGCGUGUGGAACUCCAAGGAGGUGUUCACGCUCGAGGUGCGGGGCGCGUCGUGCGUGAAGCGCACGCUCGCGAAGACGACGAGGGUGGUGGACCGGGCCCUGCCGUGGCUGAGGAUACCCUCUAUCCCGGACUUGUUUAGGCCGUUCGGGUUUCACUUCAUGUACGGGCUUGGAGGGGAAGGCCCAGAGGCUGUGAAGAUGGUGAAGGCCCUGUGUGGGUUCGCGCACAACCUCGCGAUGGAAAAAGGGUGCAGGGUGGUGGCCACAGAAGUGUCACCAAACGAGCCCUUAAGGUUCGGGAUACCCCACUGGAAGAUGCUGUCGUGUGACGAAGAUUUAUGGUGUAUGAAGCGGUUGGGUGAGGAUUACAGUGACGGUUCCGUUGGUGACUGGACCAAAUCUCAACCCGGCAUGUCCAUUUUUGUUGACCCGAGAGAGGUCUAA